CUCCAUCAAGACCUCUGUCACCAGUUCUACAAAAACAAAGAAAGCGGCGACACGGUCAGUUAGAAGCGCAGAUGUUUAAACAAGCCAUGGCGCAGCCACUACUAGCGCACCAGGAUGAAAUGACAUCAGCGCAAAAGCCAAAUUAUCCACUGCGCCAGGUCGGAGUCCCAUUCCCAUUCGCGAUGAAUCUUCAGGAGCGAGGCGAUUCACUUUCAGACAAUAAUCUUCAAAGUGCUAAUAACCUUGUUGCUGGUCGUGCUGGCAUGCAGCAACUGCAACUGGGCAUGGGUGGUGGGAUUUGCUCUAACAAUAAGAUGACGAGCAGCAUGCCGGGUUCACGAGCGGCAUCCCCGCGGUUUGUGCCUAUGCCCCUGCCAGUGGUUGCGCCAAGCCCAGCAGCCGUACCGCGGCCAGAGUUUUCGACUGCGAACAGAAAUCCGAAAGUUUCAUUCGCGAUGCCGUUUGGCAAACGAGGAGAUGUGGAGGAUGCUUUGGCACCUUCUUCUUUCGCUCUGGG